UUCAGUUUGUGUUUUGUUUGUGUUUUUGCUGAGUGUUGAGAAUUAAUGCUUAAAUCGAAUGUGUCUAAAGUAAGCGCACUUAAUUCAAGUUCGAUUUAGGCCUUUGACUAAGGGACUAAGCACAAGUUAUAAAAGUUGCAAAUUGCCGAUUAAAUUACAUACAAAAUGAGCAACGAAAGAGAUGAGGAUGAGUACAGUAAAUUUGUGCCACAAAAGAUGUCAUAUCAUGUGGUGCCCGGCGCCGAGUUCCAAUGCAAGGUGCCCAUGUCCUCCUCCAAGGCUCUGUGCAUGUCGAUGCCACAGAGCCGCAAACUAUCCACCAUCGAUGAGCAGGACUACGAUGCAGCCAAUCGGCGGGGCAUAAUUAAUCAGAUUUUAGCUACUUGUGCGGUGUUGCUGCUUUCCGCAGGAUGUGGCAUGCCCAUUGGCUACUCGGCAGUGUUGCUGCCCCAACUCAGCUCCAAUUCCACCGAGGUGCCCAUAACGGUUAGCACGGGCUCUUGGAUAGCCAGCGUUCAUAGUUUGGCAACACCAAUUGGUUCACUUAUGUCUGGGCCCCUUGCCGAUUAUUUGGGUCGUCGCAAGACGCUCCUCGUAUCGGCAAUACCCCUAUUUUUUGGCUGGAGCACCAUGGCGAUGUCGAACUCUGUGAAGGCCAUAAUAUUUGCGCGAUUUCUGUGCGGCUUUGCAACUGGCAUUCUAGGCGGACCGGGUCAGGUGUAUAUAGCGGAAACAGCUGAGCCAAACUUGCGCAGUCUGUUGAUCGGUGCUCCUUAUGUGGCAUAUUCGUGUGGCAUACUCCUCGUCUAUUCGCUGGGAACGUUCCUCUACUGGCGCACUGUGGCUUGGUGUGCCAAUAUUCUGCCCGCUCUCGCCAUGCUGGCCAUUUUCUGUAUACCCGAAUCACCCAUGUGGCUGUUGCGCAAUGGACACGAGAAGCGAUCGCUGAAGGCGCUGACAUUCCUGCGAGGCAGCGAGAUUACCGCCCAGAAGGAAAUCAACGACAUGAAGCAUCGGCUGAACAAUGAACGUGAGACAACCAAGACAAAUGAGAACAUCUUUAAGCUAUGCUGUCAGCGUGUGGCAAUGAAACCAUUGUUCAUUGUUAUUGUCUUCUCGCUGCUGCAAAUGUUCUCGGGCACAUUUAUUGUGAUCUUCUAUGCCAUUGAUAUUGUGUCCGAGUUUGGAGCGGACUUUGAUACGAGUCAAGCAGCGAUUUGGACGGCUGCGGUGCGUGUGCUUUGUUGCAUGAUCUUCUGCGGCAUCUUGCUUUGUGUGCGUCGUCGCCUCAUCAUGCUGAUCUCGGGCAUUGGUUCGGGACUCUUCUGUCUGGCCCUCAGUGUCUUUAUGUAUGUGCGUGCGGGGGAGCCAAGGAUGCCCUAUGAUAUCCUCGUAGCCGGUGGCUGUCUUCUUGGCUACAUAGUCUUCAAUACAGCGCUGAUGGUCAUGCCGGGCAUUAUGAUUGGUGAACUAUUUCCGGCAAAGAUACGAGGACGCACGGCGGGCGGCGUUUUUGCUUCAAUGAAUGUGGCACUGUUCAUUUUUGCUAAAGGUUUUCCCGCACUGCAAGCGUAUUUGAAAAUGCGGGGCGUUUUUCUCGUCUUUGGCGUUUCCAGUUUUCUGCUGACGAUUUUCAUGUGUCUAUUUCAACCGGAAACAAAGGGACGCAGUCUGGAGCACAUUGAGGAUUACUUUAAUGGCAACAAUUGGCUCUGGAUUCGACGUGAUCGUGGCUAUAAAACGGUCAAGUUGCUGCCACUGCAGCUGGCCAAGGAUCCUGGCAACACAAAUCAGGCAUAAUUGGGUGGGAUAUUAUGGCAUUUAAUUAGCUUUUAUACAGGGGCUCACUGAGAUUCCAUAGCGUUAAUUAGUAUUAUAUAUAAAUACAUAUAUGAGUAGGAGUACCUCGUAGUCGUAAAUAUUUUAGUGUUCCUUACUUUCACUCAAUUUCUGUUAAUUUUACCAAUGUGAUGUUUGCAAUUACGCAUUAGCUUUUUAAUAAUAAUAUGUAUGCAUUAUCUACAUGAUUAGUAAUACAAUAAAAUGUUAGAAAUAAAA